UUCAGAUCGACCUUUAACUUUCUAUCUUCCGUUAAUAAGCCAGUUUAGACUAAAGGGAGAUUACAAUUCAAGUAGAAAAUAGGAGCUCGUUGUAUUGUUCAACUGGGCAUUUGGGGAUGGAUUCCAAGGCUUUAGCAAAAUCCAAGAGGGCUCACUCUCAACACCACUCCAACAAAAAGCACCACCACCCAAAUCAGAAAUCAAAUUCCCCAGCCCCAUCCAAGCAAAUCCCCUCAAAUUGGGAUCGUUACGAUGAAGAAGAACAAGAAGAACAACAACUCCAUGAAGCAGGUGCUGUUAUGCCCAAGAGCAAAGGCGCGGAUUACAGUCAUCUGAUUUCCGAGGCACAGUCUCAGUCUCAACUCGACCAUGUUCUGUCUGAAAACUUAGGGGAAUGGAAUAAGGAGGGGAUGAUGUCUAUGGUUUCGGCAAGGGGGGAGAGUAUUCUGUCUUGGAUUGGUGAUGAUAACUUUGUUGUGGGUUUCGACAAGACUGCUCCUGCACAUCAUGAGGGAUCAUUUCUCUCGUUGAAUUUGCAUUCCCUUGCAGAACAACUGGAGAAAGUUGACUUAUCACAGAGGCUUUUCAUCGAGCCUGACUUAUUGCCUCUAGAACUGCAGAAUGUGGAGGGGCUAGAGUCUACAAGCAGUCAGUAUGCUGAUCAGGACCAAGAUACAUUCACCAACAAAGGAGCCACACUAAUAUCCGAAGCAAGCUGUGGUGAAUAUCCUGAUAAGAUUGACGAGGCAGAUCAAGAUAUUGAUAUUAUGAUAUCAAGUUUUCCUGAGAGUGAUUAUCUAGAUCCAAAUUUGUCCAACCUGAGAUCAACUUUACUCAACCAAGUUGGUGUUGAGCCAUCCACCAAUGAAAGGAAGCAACCAGAGUCCAAUACUGCAGACAUUCCAAACAAGAAUGCGGCCACAUUUGAGGCAGCAACUGCGGAGGAAGAACUGGAUAUGCUUCUCAAUUCAUUUAGUGAGACCAAGAUAAAUGAUCCAUCUGGUUUGAGGUCUGUACCAGAAGAAGCUUCUAUGUCUCCACUUCAACUUCCUAUAAAAGGAACAGAUUCGUCAAUCCUGAUGGCUGCCAACCUUGAUGAUGCUCUUGAUGACUUGAUAAGCCAAACAUCUAUCCCGAUCAACCAAACUCGUCCAUCUCUCCCCCAGGAGACUAUAGUGGUUCAUGAGUUCCAAUCUUCUUCUCAUACUGGUUCAAAGUCCAAAGAACUGGAAGAUUUUGAUUCUUGGUUUGAUACACUUUGAUCUGGUUGUAAUCUAGAAAUCCACAAUUCUAUGUAGACUUAUUUUUAGAUGGUUUUCGUGGUCACUUUUAGCACAGGGUAGGGGAAGAACCUUGUUUUGCUGAAUGGAAGAAAUCCAAAAUUGUAACAUUUUUU